GCAGUCAGUCGUCGUCGUGCCGUAUUGACGUUUGUGUUUGUGAGCUCGGCUCGGUCGAAAAUGCGAUUGUUCAUUAUUCUCAUUAGACUUAAAUAAUAAUAAUUUUUUAAUAACGUUUUAAUAUUUACUUACCGUUUAUUUAUAUUUUAAUUGUGGGGGUGCUACAUCAUAUUUUUAUUCACUUGAACUGUUUAUAUAUUUUAUUCUAUUGCAUACAGUUGCAUUUGUUUUUUAUCGGCGUUUUUAAAUUAUUCGAUUUUUACUUAUUGAAAUAUCAACGACAACUGUUCGUUACACAACACCUAUAUCAACGCGUUUCGGCGUCAACGGGAAUUGGUUAUUUGCGUAUACAUAAGCAUUUACAUAUUAUCAUACGACAACGACAAAGACUGGCGGUUAUGUGCGACCGGCUAUGAGUUCGCCAAAGUCGUCGGACAGGAAAUCGGGUAGGAAACAGUCGUUUUCGCACCAACGAUCCUCCAAUGAGGACAUAUAUCAGCAGGACGAGUACGACACUCCGAAUCAAAUACUCGACCGCGUGAAAUGUGAUCAUGUAACUGUUACAAAACCAGAAGAAGAUCGACGGAGAAGGACCAUAAUUGUCGAGAAAAAAAAUGGAAGUUAUGGCUUCAUGCUUCAAAGUUAUGGCAUUCAUUAUAAAAAAGAGCAGGAGAUUGAAAUGAUAACAUAUGUGGAUCAUGUAGAUUAUGAUGGGCCAGCAUAUAGAGCUGGGAUGAGAGAAGGCGACGUAAUACUAUCAAUAAAUGGCGUCGACAUGGAAAAAGCUGACCAUAAAGCAUUGGUAAACUUUAUAAAAAGCUGUGAUUCACGAAUGAGAAUGGUAGUACUAUUUGAAGACUGCGUGCGAAAAGUUGACUUACACAUGAGAUAUAUACAACUCCAGCGUACACUUCAGGCCAAAGUUGAAGAGCUGGAAAAGGUCGAAAUUAAAGAGAGAGAACUCAUGGAAGGAAAAUGGAAAACACACAGUUUGCCGGCAAGAAAAAAGUCUAGUCAUUCUUCUAAGGACACUGCCAACCAAAAAAUAUUGACUGAAAACGGUGAAAGUUCUAUGUCUAGGCCUACAUUAUCGACUGAAGACGUGGCCAAAGCACAACCAAUUUAUGUGCCCAAACAAAAUUUUAUGUUGGCUUAUCGACCACAUCAUUUUAUUGAUCAGCACGGACGUUCCUAUUACUUGCAUCAGCCUGCUACUGCCAUAAUUAAUGGAGAUUCAAGUUACGUCGGUUGGCAAAGCAAUCGUUCGAAUAACAGCAGCAAAAACUUCGACCAACAGGAAAACUGGGCGCCACCGGAUCAACCGGUCCAGCAGAGGAGACGAUCGCAUUAUGUGGUCGAAGUUAGCCGGCGGUGCAGCACGUCAUCGGAUGUACCGAAUCGUUCACAGCAACAGCAGCCUCACUGCAAACAGCACAACUUCACUAGCAGAGCAUCGCAACGGUCUUCGUCACAAGGCGAUAAUUGUCCGCGAUGGGGUUGCAUACGUACCGGUGGUGGAUCAUCUGGUCGGCGGAGGAAUGAUGGAGGACACGACGCCGAUGACGACGACGAUGACAACGACGACGAAGAUGACGACGGAGGCAGCGUAGAGGCGUAUGAUCUGGCGGCCGACGGCGGGGCUGCUUGCUGCCCGGGAUCGCAGUGCGUGCCUACCAGGAGACAUCGACGCAGACGCAAGUCAUCGUCGGCGCGUGGUGGCCGCGACAAAAGCCCAGACUGCAAAUCGGAAGGCUCGUACUGCCGGAAGGGACACGAAAAGCGGCGCAACUCGGCCCGGAACGACGUGGCCGACGAACACAAUCCGCCGCUACAGCACGCGAACGGUGGUAACCACGGUUACACUAAUCUGGUUAACGACCGGUACGCGUCGGACGAGCGGAUGUGCCAGAGCACGUCGAUCGGCGGCGGUCGACCAUCGCAGAACAGCCUGACAGAGAACAGCCCGGCGUCGUACACGACGUCACUGAGCACGGACACACUGUACUGGGACGACGACCCGAUGGCUGCUGGCCAGCAGGCGCCAUCGGCCGCUUCCCGGCAGCACUCGGUCAAGUCGCAGUCGUCAUCGACGUACCGGCGUGACAACUGCGCCGUCAAACCCGUCAAGUCGUGGGACAACCUGACCACCAAGGCGUUCGGUGGUUACGGGUUCGGCUACGAGUAUUUGGAUCGCGACCAGAUCGUCAACAACAACAACGGCGGCGGCGGCGGCAAUGGUUCCGGACAACACCACAUGGUGUACCUGCAACUGAAGAACGUCAAGGGUGGACAGAAACACCACGGCGGCCACCAUCACCACCAUCACCAUCAUCACCAACACCCGCAGCAGCAUCACAACUCGCAGCAUAACCAUCACAAUCAACAGCGCUCCAGCCACAACGGCGGCGGCCACCAUCACCAUCGCCACAACGCCGAUGGCCGGAUCCGUCACCCGACCAAGUCCACGGAGGCGCUGCUCUCGUUACCCCCGCAGUAUCCGAUCGCGGCCAUCGAGUCGUCGGCCAGUUGCGAGUACUUGGACGCGUGUUCGUCGUCGUCGUCUUUAGCGGCCGGCGGCGGUUACUUCGCGGGCUACGUUAGAAAUGACAAGGCCAGUCAGACGGACUGCCGGAGAUACGCGGCACAGCAUCAGCAGCAGAUGCCGCCGUCAGAGGUGACCCGGCUCUGAUGAGAAUCUCUAAAAGCAUUUAUAAUUUUUUUUUUUAAACAAUUUUUUUAUUAUUUACCGCAUCGUCAAUACAUUGUUCUCCUCGGGUUUCUUAACGCGACGAGAAAUUUUAUUAUAAACAAAUAUUAGAUAUUAUAUUAUAACCCGCCAUUGUGAUUUUUUUUCUUAUGCAUACCUACUAUGCUUAAGUUAUAUUUAAAAAUAUUAUUAUUAUAUUAUACAUAAUCUUUUCAGAUUUAUUUCUAGUCAAUAUUAUAAUAUCAUAUUAUUACUAUCGGCCGAGCCUAAAGCUAUACUCCUGUUAUUAUUAAUCAUAUUAUAUAUAUAUAUUCUAAUAUCUUAGCCUUGAAAAUAUAUAGUGUACCUGUAUAUCAUAAAAUACUAUAUGUAUGUUUGAAUUUUAUUUAAACUGUGAAAUAGUGGAUCUUUUCGUCGGUUUAGACAUGUAUAGGUAUAAUGUUUUCGUCGUCGCUGUACAGUUUCGGUUAGUUUUCUGCGACGAACUAUAGGUAUUUUUUAAUUGAGAUCGCUGGUUGUUAAAUGUUAAUAAAUUUCACGAUGUCCGCAACAGGUUGUUCUCUAAACUAUCUCGUUCUAAAAAAAUGCAGUAACGUCUUCAUUCCGUGAUCUGGACAAACAUUAAAAUAUUUGUAUGCUAUCAGAAAUCAUUAUAUUGGCAAUAAAUAAUAAUAAAUUAUAUUUACUAUUAUUAGCUAUACCUACAUAUAGUACCCGACUUAUUGCGUUCAUUACGCAAGCUGAUAAUAAUAUACACUUAAAACGCAUUUAUUUGUUUUGUUUCGGAGGGUCAUUUUUUAAACGCGAAAAAUCGUACGUCAGUUCCGAACCAGGUCCACCGUUUCACACGAUUUAAUGUGUUAUUCUUUUUUAUCUGCGCGUGAAUGUAUAGUUAUUAUUUGCUUUUUUAAACUGUAAUAUUUUCUUUUUUUAAUAAUAAAGUCUCUCAAUUGUACUUGUA